UUAUGAUGAUCUUGCGGUGCAGUGCCUAGCGGUUGCUUUGUUUGAUAAUCAGUGAUCUUUUUUGUCCAGGAAUCAACGUGAACAUGAUGCCAAUUGUGUUGGGCGAUCUCGAUUCAAUCCCAAAAGACAUGCGCCAGUAUCUUCCACUUCUAGCAGCGUGUCCUCUAAAUCGAGAAGAGUUUGAUAAGAUUGGAUACCUAACAAUCCACGAGUCAACAGUUAAGGAAGAUGGCAAAUCACAGAGAAGGGAAGGACUGCAUACGGAGACGCCUGGAAAGAUACAGAUACCGUAUGCUUCCGACUGUUCCCUGCCAUCAGACGUAAAAGGUUCCUGGAGAGUUCAGUCAGAUGUUCCCCUCACUAUCGCAUGGGGCCGUGGAGUGCACGACGGGAACCUGGGAGCUACGUACGAGUACAUAGGAGGUAUCUACAUGGCCUCAAAUGUGGCCGACAGUUGUCGCAUCUGGAACUGCAAGGUGAACCACCCAGAGGAGUUUGUGGGCAAUCUGGGAGACAUAGAGAACAUGCGUAGUUUCCUCGGACAGGGAGAAACUUUGGCUGCAGGCGAAGUGAUGUGGAUCACAGACUGUACUCCUCACGAGUCACUUCCUCUGAAGAAGGGAACGAAGAGACAGUACUUCAGACUGGUGACUAGUGACGUCACUGUGUGGUAUGAGGACCACAGCACGCCGAACCCACUGGGCAUAAAGCCACCGGAGGGAGUGAAAAUAGUCAGUGGGAACAAGUUUGCUAAGCCUCAUUCAGCAUCAGCUUCACGUUAACCAGCUAAUAAACACUGUCAUCUUAUUUUAUCGACAAAAUUUCAAUCUCUCUUAACAUCAUAAUUGUACAAAAUCAUUUUAUUACUGUAGCUUAGUUAUAAUUCU